GAUCAUUAUCACUCUCCGAUACACUCAUUUGGUUUUUGCACACAUAUGAAUACGCAACAUCACUCAAAUACAUUCGCCCAUACGCGCGCACACUGUCGCAAAUUGUUUAAAAGACAUCUGUACCCUUGCACCGGGAACGGGCCGCAAAACACGUGCGCGGGUAUAUAUAUAUAUACAUUGGCAUAUAUGUAUACAUAGGUACACACACACACACAAUAAGCGUUGGAGGAGGAGGAGGAGGAGCGCGGAAAGAAAGAGAGAGAGAGAGAGAGAGAAUCGGCGGCUACGCGUAGUCCGGGGCGUCCUCUGCAGGCAACCGCUCGGUCUGAGGUGCAAAGCAACAGUGCGUCCUAGACAGCCGGGGAGGAAGGACCGUGUGUAGCCGUACGCUCGACAGAUUGGCGACUUCGUUUGAAGUAACAGCAAAACCUCUGCUCCCGGGGGCAGGCUCAGCUCGCAUUCGUAGCAGCGGCUCUUAGAUGCGCGUUCUAUUAUGUUGGCGCGGGCGAGAGGCAGCAGCACCCGAGCAGGUUACGAGGUAUCCUCCCCGUGUCUUAAAAGCGGCCCGUCGGCCGAUAACGAACCCGACUUACCACAACACCAGCACCAAAGCGUUUCCGGCCUCCUGCAGGGCCAAACGGGGAGCUUGACGAACGACCAGCCACCGGAAUAGUGCGCGACAGUGCUCCGUUUUCCUCUUUCCCUCCCCCCCUCCGUAUAUAUACCCUCUCUCGAUUUCUCUUGUGCUAAAUUGCAAUACCACAAAUUAAAUAUACAGAGGAAAUACGAUCCGAGUGCUCCGAAAUUUUUUAGCGCAACCGGUCGAGUGAGAGAAUAUAAUUAUUACAGUGAACAAGCAUACAAAUAUAAAUAAAGGAAAGAGUGGUGAGACUGUACUGGACGGGAGUGAAAUACAUAUUUACGGAGAAACAGUCGUCGACCGGCAACUAUAUACACACGCGUAAGAGGCUAGGUCAGUGUUUUGAAUCAGCCGCUGUGGUUGUAAACAUAUAUGUAUCGUACUUACAGUGGAACGCCGGUGAUCGAACGUCGUCGGAGUGUCCCUUUUUCCCUGUCACGCCCGAGACGUAAAAUACAGUUGCAACAUAUUAUACGUGCAAUCGCGUGUAAAGUGACGGAAAAUAAAUAAAAAAAAAAAGAGACCCAAAGUUGGAAAAGUGCAUCGUGUCGUGGUACGAAAAAAUACGAGUGGUUGAAAAAAAGUGCGGUUUAUCCUCGAUAAGUAUAGUAGAUAGUAGAUGGUAGUAAAGAAAAAGUAACAAAAGUGUCGUGGUUGGUUGGUGGUUUUGGUUUCUUUGGUUUCACGUUAUUCCUUCCAGCAAGAGAAUCGCGCGCCGGUGGUCCGGUUCGCGAUCACCCAGCCCAAGCACGGAAGUCCUCGAGGAGCAUCAGCGCGCCGGCAACGGCUCGGUCAUAACGACAGCCGGCAACGCGAACGGCCUGGCCCAGCCGGGCCGUCCGAUAGUCAGGCGUAGGCGACGCUACCAGCGCCAGCACGCCCAGACGAGCGACGCCGAUUACCAGGUCAUGUCGAUCGGCAAGCGGCUGGCCAAGCGCAGCAUCAUAGGGACGCGGGUGUGCGCCCCGGGCGAGGACGGCUACUACUACAGUGGCGUCAUCAGUGCGGUCAACACGCCGGCCUCGCCCCAACAGCCCGAGCUCAACGGGCUGAGCAUAACGCCGGACACGCGCUACUCGGUGCGCUUCGAUCCGGCCGCGGGUGGCUCCAGGCCACCGGAUUCGAAAAACGAGUACUCGGACAGGGAGCUCAUAGGGCCCGGCUUCGCCAGCGUCACGGGCGCCAGACUCGUGUCCGGCCAGAAGGUCUACCUGACCUACAACGGACGGGAGAUACAGGCCGAGGUCACCGAGCACAGGCAACAACAGGACGAGGUCGACGUCGUCAUCGCGCUGUCCGGCCAAGAGGGGACGACCCGGCUGUCAAAGCGCAUCGACGAGGUGCGACUGCUCGAGUCCCGCAAGAGCGCCCGGCUAGCGGACUCGGACACGGACUUUGCCAGGCUGGCCGACAUGGGCAGCGACCGUAAACGCUCCUCGUCCCACUCCAUCGAGGUCCCGCAAGUCAUAGGGUCGCGAAAACGAAGGCCGAGCUCGAGCAACGACUCGGAGCGCUCGUACAACGGUAGUACCGAAAAAUCGGACAACCUGUCGGACACGAAGGAGGAGGAGGAGGAGGAGGGCAACAUGGACGAGUGCUCGGCGGCCAUGGUGCUCAUGUCGCUGUCGACGCCGCCCAAGAAUCCCCUGCCGCUGCACUGCCUGCAACAAUACGGUUCCUGGGACGGAGUGACAAACGGGAACAAUCAUCACCAGAUGGUGACGAGCUCGUUGGCGAACGAGGGUCCGACGUCAAACAGCAGCAGCAGUAGCGCGAGUUGGCGCAGCAGUACCCCGAGUCCGCCGCUGAGCGACGAGGGCCCGAACGGCUGUUGGGCCAACAAUGGCACGACGAGCGGAGUCCCACAGCCAGCGUUGCCGGGGCACAUGGUCGCGUCCUCGAUACCGACGCAAACCGCACAGCCGCAACACAACAAUCAGUAUCACAAUCACAACGGCCAUCAACCAACGACGCAUCAUCACAACAACAAUCAGUAUCAUCACAACAACCACCACCAUCCCCACCACCACCACCACCAAGCGCACAACAAUCGGCAGUACUGUCACCCGUACGCGAGGGCCUCGCCCUCGAGCCCGCCCGGCUUCAUCAUACCGGACGAAGGCAUCGUUCCCGAUCUCGAUCUCGAUCGGCCUCGCAAAAAGAAGAUCCGGUGUAAGGUCGAGAGCGACGACUAUAGCAGCGCGAACGCUGGCUCGAGCUCCGAUAACGAAGCUGGUCAGAUCCGACGAACUGGACCGAACCGCGAGGACCUCAGCAAAUUCAACGAACCCAGUUCCGAAUCGAGACCCAUGACCAUUUACAAGUGCACCUGGCGCGAUGAGACCAGUAAAAACGGCCGAUGCGGUGAAAUUGGCAGUACCUGGGACAUGGUCGCCGAACACGUUCUCCGAGAUCACUUGCAUGGUCAAAAGACAUCAGAAGAUGAAGAAGACUUCUACAUUGUGGAUGAGGAGUUGGAAGUUGCAUGCUCGCCACCAACAAAGUCACAUUGGGACAUGGUCAGGCCCAGGACUGAAGAUCCUGAGUACCAGAAGCAGCUGCGUCUUGCUGCUUUACCUCAAACACAGACCAACUCUCAAAUGACUGCUGCUAUCAAUACACAAGAUAUAAUCAUACGAGAUGUAUUUUCUAUAUCUCAGCAGCAAAGCAUACCGAGCAAACAUUUCAAAGUGGCAUCCCGGCCAUUGCAAUCGUGCAACACUCCAAACAUAAGCCUGUUGACGGUUGCACUGGGCAAGAUGCCUAACUCGCCUAGACGUGUGCGUGGCGACACAAAGAAAUGCCGCAAGAUCUACGGCAUGCAUCAGAAGGAUCUCUGGUGUACGCAGUGCAAGUGGAAGAAAGCGUGCUCCCGCUUCAACGACUAGGGCGCUGCAGUCGGCGGCAGGUACAUUGCUCAGCCGCUGCUCGGCCCUCCAGCCGUUAAAAUCGGAGUUCCGAUUAACCACGCAGCCACCGUAGUCCCUGCGUUUGUCGCCACGACUGCGUGUGCCGCUGCUGCUAAUGCGGUUCGGCCCUCGGUCGUCGUAGCGCCGCCCGCGAAUUGGCGUCAAAGCGACGACGACGACGACGACAGAGAUAGCAGCGAAAGCGCCACCGCGAGCCCCGACUUCGAAGUCCAUGUCGCGUCGUCGCAUCCCUCGAUACAUAACAACCACUGAACAAUGCACAAAUCAUAAUUAUUACAAUUAUUAUUAAUAUUAUUAAUUGUUAAUCCGGUUAGGUAAUUGAUGAAUAUUUAAUAAGGGUAGAUUAUGAGACGAGGUGAAGAGCGAGAAGGCGAGGGCUUUUAGGGGCCCUUUGUUGACGUAGGCGCGCACGCUUGCUGUGCUCUUAAGAUGGAUACAUGAUACACUCAUCGUCUAUCUCUUUCUCGCGCUCGCGCGCGUGCGUCCGUGUCACUCUUGCGACGUAGACGACUCUUUUAGCGACUCUUAAAGAGUAUAUAGAGAAGGUCGACUCCGUGAUAUAUAUAUAUACAUCUAAGCAUAGUCACGGUACUAUACAUGUAAAAGCGUAGGAAAACACUCACACAAAUACACACAGAUAUCAUAAUCUUUCUCUGCCGAGAUCUCGAUAAAAGACUUUGACUUACAAUGUUCAGAGUUUGCGUAUGUACGCAAUGCCUACAUGCGUUGCAUCGUUUUCGAUCAUACAUGUAUUCAUGUCGAAGCGGUUUUUGCAAAGGUCACGAGAUACUUCUUUUACAUGUAUAUUGCAUUACACUUGAAUAUCGCUCAACUUAAUGAAGUAAUGAAGUACUGGCGAUGCAGUGCUGAAAAAAAAAAAAAA